CUUCCUUGAUAUGAUCACAGUACAACAGGAUUUGAGCAACUCCCUAAACAGGAUCUGAAUUUCAUUCAUCAUUGGAAAUUUGAGGCGAGUGAUUCACUAGACCAGAUCUAAAUUGAAGCAUCUAUACACUGUAUUCAUACCCGCAAAAACAAAAACGUUUUAGAAAAUUAUCUUCACAGAUCAUGGACAUUCUAAAGUUCUUUUGUUUGUAUGCACUGUGUUGUUUGGCAAGCGCAGGAAUUUAUGAUAUUAUCCAAAGUGAAAAUAUUAAACUGAACGGAAAAGCCAAUCUCAGUAUUACAGUACCGAAUAUGCGAAGACCAGUGGUUUGGCAGUGCCAGAAUUAUAAAUAUGAAUGCGACAGGACAUGCGCUAACGGCACUAAUUACCAGGUUAGCCACAGUGGGAAUACUUCUAUGCUCUUAAUCAGAAAAGUAACAAAGGACUGUUUGACUUGGGCGUUUGCAGACGACAAUAUCAACCUUGGAAGAACCAAAUUGACGAUAAACAGUGAUACACCUGAGGCAUCCGAUGAUAUCCAAAUGAAAUCGUUUGCAGGUGGUGCACAAGGAACCAGCAGCCUCAGAACCAAGUCCAUCCUUGUCAUUGGGAUGAUAACAGCCGUCAUCAUUUAUACAUUUUAAGAAAUACCAGUAAUAAUCUCAAGUGCUGGAAGGACACUCCUUUGAUAUUUAAUCCAGUGCUAUGUGGGUAGGAAGCAAGCAUUUUACCACAUAACCAUGCCUGCCACCUAUAAUUUAAUAAAUAAGAAAUUUUAUAAAUUUGAUUUUGAUGUACACCAGCCUUGUUAUAAACUUUUACUGUUUAAAUUACUGCCACUCGAUUUAUGCUGUCAGCGUCAUCGUCGAA